CAAUCUUGGCUAUCUUUAUAUGUUAGAGAGCACAUUGUGCCUCGUCAGUCACAUUUCAAAGACGCUUCGGUAAGGAUCGUUAACGUCUCCCAAUAUUAAUACAGCUCUUAAAAUGACGAAUGUGAGCCAGCAAGAUGCAGAAUCGAAGCCAUCCCAAAAAUCCAUGAGUGAUGGUCAUGAAUAUGAAGAAGUUCUCGAAUUGAUUGGAUUUGGAUGCGUGCAGUGGGUAAUUCUAAUUGCAUCAGGACUCCUACUAAUGAUGGUCAUAAACGAGACAAUGGGUAUGUCAUACAUAACUAUUGUCUCCCAGUGCGAUUUUCAAACAAAUUCAGUGUACAAGGCUGUCAUGAGUGCUGCUAGUUUUGUCGGAAUUUUCUGCUCUUCAUAUUUCUGGGGUUAUCUAAGUGAUGCCAUUGGACGUAAGCCAGUUCUAAUAUAUACGACAUUGUGCGGAAAUCUACUCUCCCUAAUAUCAAUCAUUAUUCCGAAUUUCUGGAUUUUUGUGGUCGCAAGAUUUUUAGUGGGAUUCUUCAUAGCAGGUGCUUCUUCCACGACAUAUGCAUAUCUUGGGGAAUUUUUCAUUCCCCGUCAUCGACCGAUAGUUAUUAACUAUGCAAGUUUAUUUGUCGGCAUUUCUACAAUUUAUGUGCCAGCGGUUGCUUGGUUUGUUAUGUCUAUGGAUUGGAGUCUGGAUGUGACUGAAAGCUUUACGUUCCGUCCCUGGCGUUUGCUCACUGUAUUUUAUUUUGUUCCUGGACUGAUCGGAGCAAUGAUGCUGAUUAAAAUGCCAGAAAGUCCAAAGAUUUUAUUGUCGAUGGGUAGAACCGAUGAGGCGUACGCCGCCGUAGAGUGGAUCGCCUUAAAAAAUAUUGGCAAACAUCUCCAUGACCUGAAAGUUGAGGCACUAAAAAGUGAUGCAUUUUCAGACAGAGAAAAUAUACUUAGUGUAUCGAAAUCACCAACGGUGAGCUUCAGAAAAAUGUGGGCAGAAACUGCGCCAUUGCUAAAAAGGCCGCAUUUGAAAAACUUCUGCAUAAGCUGCAUUGUUAUGUGUGGUCUCUUCUUCAGCUCGUCGGGCAUGGGCUUAUGGUAUCCAGAAAUACUCAAUCGCCUGGGAUCAUCCGUUGCCGAGGACGCAAUGACCGUUUGUGAUGUGAUCGAGGCUUCAGUUGAUCAGUGGCAAGCUAACAUAACGACAGAUGUAAUUUGCAAUGAUCAAAUCAAUACAAAGAGUUAUAUCGACACGAUUACAUACGGAUCAGCUUUAAUUACAGGUUAUAUUGUAAUGGGCUUUGUUAUCAAUCAAAUCGGGCGCAAGGCAUCCAUCACAGUGGGCUUAGCCAUAGCUGCUGGAUGCGCUCUGUCGUUAGUAUGGAUCAAAAAUGAAGCAGUCAUUAUAGUCUGCUUUUGCUUGUACCUGGUACUACCGGGCCUGUGUGUAUCAGUACUAAGCGGAGUCGUCGUGGAUCUCGUCCCCACAAAUCUAAGGGGCAAGGCAGUUUGCAUCUGCCUCAUGCUGGGGCGCACGGGAAGUGUUUUUGGCAGCAACAUCAUUGGAAUACUUCUCGAAUCGUAUUGCCACAUAACAUUUGGAUUAUUUUCUGGAUUUGUUUUGUUUUGUGCGUUGUUGGCUUUUCUUCUACCAAUGUAAAAAAUGCAACAGUAUGAAUGACCAUGGAAUGCUGAGGAAAUGAAAUUAAUUUAAGAAAUAUGUAUGUUCAAAUUUGAGUAUUAAAUUAAAUUAAAAUGAUAAUAAAGAGGAUUAGUUUAGUCUAAACUAACAAAAUUUUCUGAUCGGACGAACAUCCCUAUACAUCUAUUCACAAAAGCAAAUACACACAUAUGGAUACUUCCUGCUUUCUUUAUGCAGAAGGUGCGAAAAAAAAUUUAUAUAUAUAUUAAUAAUCCACAAUAAUAAAAAUUAUGAACAAGCAAAGCCCCGUAAACUACUAAAUAUCUAUACUAUGACUACGACUGAACUUACUGCGGUUAAGAAAUCAAAUGAAUUUUAAUACAUACACAAAUUUUUAGAAAUAAGCAACUUGGCAAACAAAUUCUAUCACUUUUGAUUAAGUAAUUAGUCGUAAGUUGGCAAACAACUUUGUGUGAUGAGAAUUUGCUAAGACACCUACAAACAAGUUAUGUUCACUGACCACCGUAGACCUUAAAUAAAAAUUUGGCCUGGCUACUUACAAUGUCGUUUACUUCAGUGUUCAUCUGGUUUAUGUGCAGACGUUGAUGUAGACGUUAAGCAGGACCAAUUAAACUAAAAGCCGUAAU